CACACACUCACACUCACACACACACACACACACUCACACACACACACACUCACACACACACACACUCACACACACACACACUCAUCUCGCCGCGGCGGAGCCAGACGCACAUGGGAUCGUGUCCCUGCGUAACGAGCCGCGGAUCGUCAGCCCGGGCACGAGCAGACACACACACACACACACACAUUUCUGAGGCGAUCUUCCUCCUCCUCCUCCUCCUCCCGGGAGCUUCGCGGAGACGCGGCGUGUUCUCUGUGAGUGUUCUGUGUGACAGUGAUCCUCCUCCUCUUCCUCCUCCUCCUCCUCCGCCGCCGCCGCCGCCGCGCAGCAACUGCGUCCUGACGCGGAGCGACACGGUCGGACUGGUUCGGUUUGGCUCGGGGCUUGUGUGUGUGUGUGUGUGUGUGUGUGUGUGAGGGGGGAACACACGCGUAACAGACUCCCCCCGUCCCGUCGCCCUCCACCACUACAACCACCACCUUUUAUUUCCUGUGCAGCUUCUUUUUUUCUUCUUCUUCUUCUUCUUCUUCUUUUUUGGAGGCGCUUGCGAUUCGCUCCGUGCAGCCGCACCACCGGGACCGGGACCGCGACCGGGACCGGGACCGAGCCGCCUCCGCUCCGAGGAGGAUGAGAGAAAACUAGGUGGUUUUUCUUCUUGCGAUCGACGCUUCGAGCUCGUUUCUCUGGAUUUAUUUCUCGCGGUGGAGGAGAAGAGAACCAGGAGCGGAGCGGCGCGUAAAGAUAAACCCACCUCCCCGAGGUCUUCCUCCCCUCCUCUCCUCUUCCUCUUCUAUCCAUCUCUCUCUCUCUCUCUCUCUCUCUCUCUCUCUCUCUCUGCGUUUGUUUCCAUGUUGUUUUAGGUCCGUGUGCGAUUUUGCAAAUAAAAUAAAACAUGCAUCAUCAGCAGCGGAUGGCAGCUUUGGGAACAGACAAGGAACUGAGCGACUUACUGGAUUUCAGCGCGAUGCGAAACAGCGAUUUGAAAAUGUUCCCAACAUCCAUGAUGUUUUCCCCUCCUGUUAGCAGUGGAAAGAACGGCCCGACCUCCCUGGGGAGUGGACAUUUCUCCGGCUCAAAUAUGGAGGAGAGGACGAGUGCAGGAUCAUGGGCGAGUGGAAGUCGUUCUUCCAAGAGUUACGCUGAUGGGUCUCAGUACAUGGCCUCACACGACAGCCUCUCGCCUCCGUACGCCAACUCCAGGCUAACAGGUAAAACGGAGCGGAGUUCGUACUCGUACGGCAGAGAGGCCAACCCGCACUGCCACCAGUCGGUCCUGGGCGGCGAGUUGGGUCUGGGGAGUCCGGGCGCGGCGUCGCCCACCAAGCCCGCCGGUCAGUACUACCAGCACUACGGCUCCGCCAACCCGCGGAGGAGAACACUGCCUAUGGACACCAUGGAAAUUCACCCCAAAAAAGUGCGGAAGGUCCCUCCUGGCUUGCCGUCCUCAGUGUACGCUCCGUCUGCCAGUACAGCCGACUACAACAGGGACUCACCGGGUUACCCCUCCUCCAAACCUCCCAGCGCCGGGUUCCCCAGCUCCUUCUUCAUGCCAGAUGGCCACAGCGGUGACCCCUGGAGCAGCAGCAGUAGCAGUAUGACCCAGCAGGGCUACCACAGCAGCAUGCUGGGGGGCGGGAACUCAGGCCACGGCCCCGCCCAGAGCUCCUCCUACUGCGGGAUCCACCCUCACGACAGACUGAGUUACCCCUCGCACUCGUCUGCAGACAUCAGCUCCAGCCUUCCUCCCAUGUCCAGCUUCCACCGGGGGGCGGGUGGAGGAGGAGGAGGAGGGGGAGGCAGCGGGGGCGGGGCCAAUCACUACAGCACCGCCUCUUGCACCGCGUCCACCAACGGCACAGAAAGCAUCAUGGCUAACCGAUCACAGAGCGCAGCAGCCAGCAGCUCCCAGACAGGAGACGCCUUAGGGAAAGCACUCGCAUCAAUUUACUCUCCAGACCACACGAACAACAGCUUCUCGUCCAACCCCUCCACCCCAGUGGGCUCCCCACCCUCCCUCACAGCCGCCAGUUCCGCUGUUUGGUCGAGGAACGGUGGACAGGGAGCGUCAUCGCCGAACUACGAGGCUCCGCUGCACUCUCUGCAAAGUCGUAUCGAGGAUCGUCUGGAGCGCUUGGACGACGCCAUCCAUGUGCUGCGGAGCCACGCGGUGGGGCCGUCCACGGGCAUGGCCGGCGGCCACGGUGACAUGCACAACCUCGUCGGCGCCGCGCACUCGCACAACGGGGCCAUGGGCGCGCUGGGCAGCGGCUACGGGUCCGGACUGCUGUCGGCCAACAGACACGCCCUCAUGGUGGCCUCUCACAGAGAAGACGGCAGUGGCGGCUUGCGUGGCGGACACUCGAUGGCGGGUCAGGGGCCGGGGCCUCAGCUGCCCGUUCAGUCGGCCACCUCGCCGGACCUCAACCAGCCCGACCCCUACCGCGGGGAGUCGCCACGGCCCCCCAACCCUUGCAAUUCAUGGGGCGAUGCCAGGAAGAGCAUUCUGCAAGCUCUGUCCGGAGGCCUCCAGGGCCAGAGCGCCUCCUCCGUCAGCUCAGAGAUCAAGUCGGAGGACGAGGGCGACGAGAACCUCCUGCAGGACUCCAAGAACCUGGACAGCAAGAAGGAGGACAUCGACUCCAAGGAUCUCAAGUCUGUUGAGAGCAACCCCGACGACGAGGACCUGUCCCCGGAGCAGAAGAUGGAGCGGGAGCGGGAGCGGCGGAUGGCCAACAACGCGCGGGAGCGCCUGCGCGUCCGCGACAUCAACGAGGCGUUCAAGGAGCUGGGCCGGAUGGUGCAGCUGCACCUGAAGAGCGACAAGCCUCAGACCAAGUUACUGAUCCUGCACCAGGCCGUCGCCGUCAUCCUCAGUCUGGAGCAGCAAGUCCGAGAGCGGAACCUGAACCCCAAGGCCGCCUGCCUGAAGCGCCGCGAGGAGGAGAAGGUGUCGUCGGACGGGACCCCGCUCUCGCUGGCCGCCGCGCACCACGCCGCCGCCGCCGUCAUGGGCGAAGGGUCGAACGCCUUGGGACAAAUGUAAAAACGCAGCAACAUCUCCUCCUCAUCCCCCCGUGAAUGGUCGAAGGUGCCCGAGUUCAUCAAGAUGAUGAGCGACCACUUCCUCUGACGCCGUUUCCAUGACAACCCAGCACUCAAUCAAACCCGUCGUUUCUUCGGCCCGACCGGUCAGAUCGGCCUCUUCCUCUCCUCCCGUCUGUCGUCUCCGAUGAUCCUCCUCUUCGCCCUCUUUGUCUCCUCGUCCUCUUCCUCCUCCUCCUCUGUCGAGAACACAAACUGCAACAGAGUCACAUUCGUCGCCGUUGUCACUUUGCAUCUGCAGCCGAAGUGAAACUGGAUGCUACGUUGGUGGAGACGUUUAAAAAAAAAAAAAAAACGGCCGCCGUCACACGGCUGCUAUGAAGUGGCAGCUCGUCGGAGCAAAUGGACAAAAGUCUUUGGAAUCACAUCACCCGAGAAAUUCCUCUUGUACUUCUUGUUUUAUCAGCAUUCCCAGUUUUAAAGAACAAAAGGGUUCUAUAUAUAUAAAUAUAUAUAUAUAGUAUAUAUAUAUAUAUUAGAAAAGGAAAACAAAUGAUGAAAACCUUGUGAGGAGGCGAGGGUUGCUCAGCUCAGAGUGGAACAAAACAUAUCACAAAGUGUUUCAAGAGAUUUUUUUAAAAAGCAACAACAUUGCGCAGCUGCGGUCGGUCGGUCGGCGGGCGGCGGCCUCCCUCGGCGCCGCGUCUCUGACUGAACGGCAAUCUGACGCCGCACUGUGGAUGAAGCUGUGCCUGAUCUCCGCUUGGAUGCAAACCAGUCUGAUAGAUACACACACACAGAGAAGCAAAGCAACCUGAACAAAAGAACAGUCAAAUUUCCAGAAGUAUUCCAGAAGCAGACUGACCACUCAUACCCCCCCUCCCCCUCCCCACCUGUAAACCACCGACUUCAAGUACAAACUAAAAGGAAGAAGAGAUUUGGAAGCAAAAUGUUGCGAUUGUUGUUGAGAAAAAAAUUGAGUUCACAAAUGCUUUUUGACUAUCAUAGAUACCUAGAGAAAAAACCUGGGGCUAAACAACGGGGGCAACUUGUUCCCUUCUAAAGCAUUCCCUCCGAAACUUUGGUAUUGUAAAGUGUAAAACAAAUAUGAACAUUUAUGUUUAUGGUAUUUUUACGUGUUUCAUGCCAAUCGCCACAUCGACUUUUGUCAGACGUCAAAAAAUAUGACUUUAAAUUUUCCUUCAUCAAAAACCCCUCGAGAGUUGUUGCACCUGAAUGGCUCGUGUGUAUCGACUGGGAUGAAGAGAAUCAAUCACUGAACCAAUUAAUUCAUCAAUCAACCAGUGAAAGACUCUUUUGGGGUGUUUAAAUUUAAAAAGGGGGAAAGAAAGGGAGUGAGGAUCAUGCAGUAAUGCUAAAGUGUACUUUUUAAAUGCGGCAGAAAGACAAUGCUUUCCUUGACAUCUUCAUCUGAGGUUAUUGUUGAAGGUUCCUUCUCGACAAAGGUCUUGAAAACAUCCAGAGUCAGAUGUUUGGUGUUCCAACUGAAAUCAAAGGAUCGCUAGGUAGGUGGUUGUGAGGAUGGACAGAUGACAGAAGAGACCGAUAGACGGAUGGAUGAGAGGGACGAGGACUGAGCACUGAAGAGAUUUCUAUUCCACGUUUAGCACAUUCCCUGAAUCGCAUCUACUUGAAUCAAGUGCUGCCGAUGUCCCGAAGGCCUCAGACCACAGGAGGUGGGGUUGUCGUGGAGGGGGGGGGGGGGGUUAGAGAAUCCGAAGGUCCAAACGGUGAUGAAACUGCAGGGGACGCAAGGGAACAAUCAUGGGGGUGAGGGGGGUGUAUCAUUUUUUGGGGGGGGCCAAGCAGCAAAUCAAAACAUUCCGUUAUUGGAUUCGUAAGAUUUCAUCAUUUCCUGGUUUAGUGUCUUUCCAAUCAUAUUCCUAAACCUCGAACCCCAUCUUCACCCUCGUACCCCGCCCCAAGAACCAACCGUGGGGGGCUGUAGGACGAGUCUUCGUCGUUGUGUCUCUUGCUACGUCUAUUUUAGCUUCAAGUCCUUGGAGUAGAAACUUCCUGGUACGAUCCAUUCCACUGUAGACUCUCAGAUCUGAUCCUGCAGUUCCAUCUGAUUCCUGUUCGAUAUGAGGAGUGAUUUUGGAUUGGUUGGUACAGCACAACCUCUCGGGAUUUGGAAGGAAGAUGCGUGAGAAGGUUGUAGUUUUAGGUUUUAGGCAGCUGGACUUGAGGCAAAGAACGACUGGUGUUUCUGUCUAGGGCCAAAUGUGGGUAGAGUCUGGCUCAUUCGCGAGGACUCGAGGUAUCAGGACAGAUUUGUCCGUAACACCAGCGACAGUUCGCAGCCGUUUAGCUGCUGUGGGCCGAAGUGGGACCGGUCCAGAGGCCUAGCAAGAAAGGGUUGCCUCUUGUUCUUUGACCAGCUUUCUUAGGAAGCUCUACUCAUACAACAGGAUUUCUGAGUGAUACGAUUUUGGGGUUGGCCGUGACAGAAGUCCUGACCACCACCAGGUGGAAGCAGGAACAGAUUUAUCAACUCUAGAUUGAUUGAGAAGGAAACGUUACGGCUUGUUGGACUAUCUGCAAGAUCCUCUGUCUGAACGCCCCCGUCUCACCCUCACCCCCUCAGUCCAGACCUGUGUUCGAUCCCCAGUCCAAGUGCUGUCUUCACUGCUGAGCCGAGCCUUAUGAGCCCAGAACCAGAGUCCCAGCCACUCCCCCCGGUCUCCUUGCCCCCCCCCCCCCCCUCCACCCCCCAGGCGGUCCCACAGAUGCAAUUUGAACAUUCACUUCUACCAAUGUGCCUUUUUAGAGUUCAUAUCAUUGGAGUUACCAGAGGAGGACAUUUUACCUGGUCUUUUAAUAGGAUGCAAGCUUAGGGAAACCUGUUCUUAGUCGUUAGGUUCUAUGCAGUCAGGUUUUUUACCAGACCUGGGAAUUUAAAAAAAGCUUAAAAAAGGAGAAAAAAAGUAUUUUUUGGAUAAAAACAAAAACGAAACUGUAUUUAAUGUACUGUACACUUAUAUGUAAGUAGACGGCGUGUUCUGGCUUCAAGCCCAAUGGGACAGACGCUUGAUUUAGCAAGACGAGCCCCCCGUCGCGGUCCUCGCCCCCCCCCCCCCACCCCUCAGUCCUCCAUAACCCCCUAACCUCACCUCCCAAGCCCCGUCCCUGUUUCCAUGGUGAACAACGCGUCUCUUCUUGUAUUAUAGCUUAUCAGCUUUUUAUCAAUAUUGAUCGGCUUGUCCGUGAGCCAAUGUAGUCUUCAGUACAAAGUGUGUGGUUGUAUGUUGUAAAACAGAUUUUCUUUUUGUUUCUCGCUCUCUCUCUCUGUUUUUUAAGAAGAAUCUUUUUCUCUUAUUACUUUUUCUUUGUCUGUUCUGGUUUUACCUGUCUAUUACAGAAAAUGUAAAAAAACAAAAAAACAAAAACAAAAAAAAAAACAGUACAAUUCUCUACCCGGCAGCGUUGUUCUCUGUCGGUGGUCAUUUUCGAUGCGGUUAAAAAUCCGACCCAAUCAACAGGAAAGGCACGGAAACUGGAAAAGAAUCUAUUUGAAUAAAUCAAUCUAUAUAUAAAUGUACAAAAAAAUAUAUACAAUAUAUGAGGAGGGUGCCGUUUUCUGUCAUUCUUUGUGUUUUGCUCGGGGGGGAGGAAGUAUUUUCUCAAAGACUGAACCGGCGGAAGUUGGCGAGAAAAAUUUUCGACUGACUUUGUUGUGUUCUCCGUUGUUGCCAUGACAACAUCCUCUUGACUAGUACGGCACCCUGCGCAGGACAAAAUUGGAGUGGCGCUCCAACAGCUCCAUCCACCGCUAUGUAUCCACGGCAACGACACACACACGAGACGUUUGUAAAUUGUAUGCAACAAAAUGGCGAACCUUUACCAUUAUUUUGAAAUUGUGUAUGUAAAAGUUAUAUUUUUACAUGUAGACUGUUGUUACUUUGUGUUUUAGAAAUAUGUUGUAUCAGUUUUUUUGUUAAAAGAUGAAAAAGUAAAAAAUUCAGUGUGUGUUGAAAAAAAUGUGUCACAUUGAAAAUGUAGUGAGGUCAAAGUUCCAAAUCUUUUUUCUUUCUUUUUUUUUUACAUUUGUUUAUAUCUGUGGGGAACAUUUUUGAGGGGUUUUGAGGGAGGACUCAUGAAUCAUAAAAGAUAUAUGAUAUUUGUUUAAUUCUCCAUGCCUCAUGACAUUACCGUUUUCAAUUGUAUUCUUUGCAGAGAACUGUGUAAAUACUCAUAAAACAUUUUCUGUGGGGUGAGGGCGAUGAUGACGUUGAAGCUGAUGAUGAACUUGUUUUGAGUUUUAGUGAGUGGGUUGUAUUCGUCCGGUUACAGUAGCCAGGUGCCAACUUUUAGUUUGGGUCAGUGGUGCUCAGUACUGUACGUGGUUUUGGUUUUGCCGACCAUCUGAGGUGUGAGUCAAAUUAAUUAUCUCACCAAGAACCAAGCGUGUCAGAGCGGACACGAGACAAUUGUCGGGGCCAUGUGAAAGAUUUCAUUUGAUUUAAUAAAUGAAUUUACGAGGGGAAAAAAAUAUUUUAAACCUAAAAGAAAUGUAAAAACAGAAGAUUAAAUAUUAAUGAGAAAUGCAGGAUGCCAGAACUUCAAAACACACUACAUUAACGUUUAACCGCUUAAAUUAUGAAAACUGAACCGAGGCAUCCUAAGAUCGCACACAUAUCAAUUCACUCUGUCGCCCCCCGGUGGCAGUUCUGACUCAUGUUGCAUUUAUUUUUCCCUCAAAAAUAAAAUGUCUUUGUAAAUGUUGAUUAAACGAAAGACCCUCGACACCGAAUCCAAGAUUAAUAUAUGAACAUUUUGUAGAAGAUUGGAGCGUUGCUAAUAUAAAACGGCAGGUCGUCAGCAAACAAUCAGCUAUUUCCCCAAAAAAAAGAUAUCAGACGGUUUCAGUCAUUUCUUUUCAGUGUUUGCCAAUAAAUACAAAUUGAAGCUUUUUGUCAAAAGGAAGAGCUGCUUUGAAUCGGACCUGGGUCAAACACGAGGAUUGAAUCUGUCAGUGUUAAGUGCUAAAUGUAUUUUUUAAGUAAUGUUAUUUUUAUGAUGCUUCAUUUCAUACUUUCUCUUUGUUGUAUAAUCAAAGUCAUCUCCCGAAUUACAGUAUCUCCAUUUUAUGUUAUACCCCUGAUGUUUCUAUUAGCCAAAAUGUUAACUUUUCAUUUUCCUUUCCUUUUCCCUCCUUGUUGUACAUACACACCUCAUUUCUCUUUUUAAGUGACUGUGCCAUGAGCUUUGUAAUCUGUUACUCUGUACCAGUUUUACUGCAAUAAUGAGUUGAAUUCAAAA